AUGGACAUAGACAAAUAUAUGCCUACUACAAGAUGGGUUGAUUUCUCAAAUAAUUGCCUUACUGACAUUCCACCUAGCCUUGCCAAAUGCCCGGACUUGUCCAAACUCAAGGCAUCAAACAACAACAUAUCCAGAAUACCAGAUGUACUUGCUGGCUGUUCCAAGUUAAGUAAAUUGGAUCUAGAGUGCACAACUUAUCAGGGUAACAAGCUUGUGACGCUUUCUGAAAACAUGUUUGUCUCAUGGACAAUGCUCACAGAGUUGAAUCUCGCAAAAAAUCUGCUUACAGCCAUCCUAGGUAGCGUUGGAGCACUUCCAAAACUAAUCCGCCUAGACAUGCAUCAGAAUAAAAUAACUUAUUGUCUUCAAUACCAGCUGAUAUUGGCACAUUAUCAAAAUUAG